UCCCUCUAGCAGCAGCGACGGCUAGCUCGGCAGACGACAACACUAGCGCUUUCUGCUUUAUUCACAUCGACUUUGACGGUUGGAGUUACUGUAGCUGGGAUGCAGAGAAAAGGAAAAGUCAUCGAGCUCUUGAAAACGCUUUGUACAGACAUUUCAUCGAAGUUAGUUUGAUGUAGCAGAAUGAAAACACCAGAACGAGCCUCUUCAAAGCAGUACUGGAUAAGACAACAGCUGGGCUGCAGCUUUCACAACAAGGAGUUUUAAAGUCCAUGCAUCAGCUGAAAUCACUCACUCUCCAGAAACUGCAGAUUGCACUAAAACGGAGACGCUGAAGGAAGCAAUGUUUGCCAAGUUGAAGAAAAAGAUUGCUGAAGAGGCUGCCACAGCACCCCGGAGUGGUGUACGCAUCCCCCGGACCAUCAGCAAGGAAUCCAUCACCUCCAUGGGAGCAGAUUCAGGAGAUGACUUUGCGUCUGAUGGCAGCAGUUCCAGGGAUGACCUGCCUGCUCAGCUCCUCAGAAGAAACAAUCAGAUCCGUAAACUGGAGGCCAAGCUGUCAGACUACGCUGAGCAGCUACGAAUUAUGCAGAAGACCAAGGACAAGCUUGAAAUUGCAUUAGAAAAGCAUCAGGAUUCAUCCAUAAAGAAGCUUCAAGAGCAGAAUGAGUGUCAUCAGGCCAGCAGAGCCAAGAUGGCUGAGGGAAUGGCCUCAGCGCUGGAGAAGAAGGAUCAGGAAUGGACGGAAAAGAUGUCUGCUUUAGAACAGGAAAAGGCUGCCCUGUCAGCUCGGCUUGAGGAGAUGAUGGAGCAAAGCUUAACACUCUUCCAGAAGAGGGAUGACCUGGAUGAACUGGAGGGGUUUCAGCAGCAAGAGCUUGCUAAGGUUAAACACAUGCUGUUGAGGAAAGAGGAGCUGCUCAGCCAGCGGGAGCAGGAGCUGCAGCAGAAGGAGACUGAAGUUCAGUCAGCAACGCGAGGACUGUCCGAGGUUCGGGGGAAACUCCAGACUCUGCAGCAGCAGCAUGACGAGAGUUCCAGACUGAACUCGGAGCUGGAAAUAGAGCGAGAAGAACUCCAGCUGCUCCGAGAGGAAGCAGACAGGAAGAGCAGUGAGCUGGAGCGACGAUGCCAGGACCUGCAGUCGGUCGUCCAGCAGGUUUCUGAGGACUUCCAGAAGUCACAAAGUAUGGUGACGGCGCUGGAGACGUCCCUUCAGGAGUUACAGGGGGAACACGACAGCCUGAAGCUGCAACGACAAAAGGCCGCUGUGACGGAGGAGGACAAGGACCGCCUGCUGCUGGAACUUCAGAAGAAGGUGUCCUCUCUGGACAGACGGUUACAAGGAAACCUGACCCAAGACGAGCACCUGCAGGCACUUCUUCAGGAGAAGUCCAGUGUGGAGACGAGCCUGGAGGAGACGAGAGCAGAGCUGCUGGCUGUGCGGACGAACCACGCUGACACCGUCAGCUCUCUAGAGGCCCAGGUAUCCAGGAUGAACUGUAGUGUUACCGAGCUGCAGACUCUUCUACGGCACAAAGACGACUCCUCCAGGGCCUACAGGGAGAGAACAGACACACAAAUCGUAAACCUGGAGAAGCAGGUUGUGGAGAGUAGUGAGAGACUGAGGAGCGCAGAAAAGCAGAUGGCAGAGAAACAGCAGAACACGGAGAAACUGCAAGGAGAGUGGAGCGCAGAAAAGGCCUUCCUGGAUCAGCAGCUGUGUCUGCUAGAGCAGCAGCAUCAGGAGACAUCCACCCGACUACAGGAGACCAUCACCGCAUUACAGACGGACAAACACACGCUCCUGGACAGGGUGGCUCACCUGGAGAAGCAGGUGGAGGAGGCCGACGCCUGCGUGAAGCAGUGGACUGAAGAGCUGGAACAAUGCAAGGCGGAGCUGAGCAGCCGGCAGACGGUGAGCACUGAGAUAGCCAAAGCUCUGGAGGAGACCCGGCGGCAGAAGGAGGACCUGCAGACUCAGGUGAGAGAGUUGACCCUGGCUCUCCAGAACUCGCAGCAGGAUCUGUCCAGCGCCACUGAGAAGCUAACGCUCAGAGAGGAGGAGGUCCAGACCCUUCAGAACGAGCUGCAGAGUGGGCAGGACUCGGCGGUGCAGCUGCAGGACCAGGCGGAGCGGCUGCGAGCUGAGCUGCAGCAGGUGGAGGCCGACAGGGACCUGCAGCUGACGGGGCUCCGGGGGGAGCUGCUGGGCCAGACGCAGCAGCUGGACGGCUGUCAGGCACGGAUCUCCUACCUGGAGGUGGAGGUGGAGACCCUGACGGAGCAGCUCCACAGCCCAGAGGUGUGUGAGGAGGACCAGAACGGCAGCGUGACGGUGGAUGAUCUGGAUCACAUCCAGAAGGUCAACAAGGAGCUGGAGCAGCAGCUCAGUGACAAAAACAGGAUCAUCAAGCAGCUGCAGCAGAGACUGGCGGAGUUAAAGAGGACUCUGCAGAAAGAGCUGAAACUAAAGCCCGAGUCAGAAGCUGAGGGGAGGGAGAAGUUUCCAGAGAGUCAGGCAGAGAAACCAGAGCGGGUUUGUCCAGAGCCGCUGGCGGCCUCCACUCCCAGUCCCCCGACAUCCAACACCGUGACCAACGCUGCCGACCUCAACGACACGCGGGAGAUCAACCUGGAGUAUCUCAAGCACGUCGUGCUCAAGUUCAUGUCCUCCAGAGACGCUGAGGCGUUACAGCUGAUCCGAGCCGUCUCUGUGCUGCUCAACUUCACCCGGGAGGAAGAGGACAUGAUGAAGCAAACUCUGGAGUACAAAAUGUCCUGGUUUGGAUCCAAGCCUUCUCCCAAGGGAACCAUUCGCCCGUCAGUCUCAGGCACGUCCACCAGCUGGAGCUGAGGAGCAGGAGGAGAAGCUGUGGCAGCGUAGGAACAUCCAGGACCAUCCAGGACCAGCACCUGCAGGAAAACCUCCUUCCUUUAUUACUCCAAUCCCUGAACAGGACUUGAACUGAGAGAGAGAGCUAGCUCUGUAUUAAAUCAUGGAUUAUAGAGCCUAUUGAUGUUUUUACAAACAUUCUUCUGCUCUCACUAUAUUAAGCGGAUGUUUCAUUUGACUUCUGACAUCAUGACAGAACCAUCAGGAUGAGCCCGGCCAUCGUAGCUGGUUCUAGAGAGUGACAGCAAGGCUCUGCCUGUUUAAAUGAGCGCCAACACGACCACGUCAACACAAGCCUGACACGCUAAAGGAGCUCUCAGCCUGUCGCUGGGUUGCUGCCUCGUUUCAAAUAAAACAGGGCUUAUUUUAUGCAAAUGUCUCAUCCGUUGUAAUGAUCUGCACAGUUGGUGAGCCGUGUUGACGGUACCUUUCAAUCACUCGUGAAUCAUUUACAUCCGUGGCAAGGGACCUUAAUUGUCUUGGAAUAAAUAUAUACACACACACACACACACACACACACACACACACACACACACACACACACACACACACACACACACACACACACACACACACACACACACACACACACACACACACACACACACACACACACACAUUUUGUGGAUUCAAAAUGAAUUUUCUUUGUACAAUCAAGGAGGUUUUCUAAUGAUCUCUGCAUAUUUGAACACUAACAUAGAUGGGUUUUGACCAGGAACCUUUCAUUUUGUUUGGCGUUUUCCAACCACCAAACAAGCAAAAGAUAGGAACUUUUUUUGGGACAAUAUGAACUACUGUAUGUGAUAAAAUCAGUGAAUGUUGUGUAUCAGAUGACUGGACGACACGUUCUACCUUUACCUGCCUUUGCAAAUGUAAAUGAAACACAUUCCACAUGUCUAUUUAUAGAUACAGAUAUGUACAUACUGUAUGCAUUGAGAAAUUUAUAAAUGGUGUAAAUAGUUUGAUGUGAUGAGUUUCCAGUAUUUAUCCCCUUGGUGGACCAGAACCCCCUCAUGUCUCUGACUCGGCCCGUCUCUCAGUCCCACUGCCUUAUCAGUAUCCUCGGCCCUGAGUGUGACGUCACACAACGGUGACACGUGCUGGCUAUGGAACUAUAUUUAAUUUUCUGGCAUUAAGGGUUGUGUUUGUGCAUUUACUUUGUGUAUAUUUCAUCUGUGUGUACAUAAUAUGUAUGUGUACGUAACACACGGACACGCAUAUGAAGGACACUUCUCGUAUUACUAAUGACAGGUAGCAGACGGAUUCAGUCACAGAGACUCCAUGGGGAAAGGGACGUCUCAUGGAAAUCAAACAAAAAAUAAAUGGUGCAAGCCCAUUUUUUAACCUCACUGAGCUGUGUUAAAUUAUUUGAUACUACUGUACAAUCACUACAGCUUUUUAUGAUUGUUUGCUGCAAACAAACUGGUUUCCUUUCCAACAUUUAUUACAAAUAAACC